UGAUUCAAAGGCUCGGCCGCCACCAGGGCCCCAUCGUGCCACCGUGAAGGCGUAUAUCGCUAGCCGCUAGUCGUGAUGGCUCCAAGUCUCAGAGCAAGACUGCAUCACAUCGUUAGAUUCAACUCACUCAACGUCACUCUGCUCACGGUUCUUGUGUAUCUUGCAAUAUUCAUUACGGUUGAGUGGCAAGAUGUCCCGAAAGGCCCCUCUAAGAAUACUGGAGACAUUAGCUUUAAUGAGGCUCUUUUUGAUCUCCAAGCUAUUACCUCCAGACCACACCCAUAUAACUCCCAUGACAAUGACCGUGUUCGGGGCUAUCUCUUGACCCGCGUUCAGAAUAUAACCGCUGGACACGAUCGCGCUGAAGUCGUAGAUGAUCUGGUUUCCAAUGCGACUUAUGGCUCUGCAUCUCAAAUUGUGUACCACGAAAGUCUUAAUGUUCUCGCCCGGAUUGAAGGCACUGCGCCAGCUUUGGAUGGGGUGCUGUUCUCCGCGCAUUUCGACAGCGUAUCCACUGGUUAUGGUGCCACGGAUGAUGGAAUGGGGGUGGCUACACUGCUUCAAUUACUCAACGUUGUAUUUAACAUCAACAACGGGGAGGAAGAUUGGCUCAACGGUGCUCAUGUUUUCCUGGAACAUCCCUUUGCUCGUCGCAUUGCCACGUUCCUGAACCUGGAAGGCGCAGGAUCUGGAGGUCGUCCUUUACUCUUCCGGUCUUCCAAUGCUAAGGUCACGAAAGCAUUUAAAGCAGCACCCCACCCGCAUGGAAACACAAUUUCAGACGACGGCUUCAAGCGUGGCUUGGUCAGGUCAGGCACUGAUUAUUCCGUCUACGAAGCUUCUGGAAUGCGUGGUUUGGAUUUGGCAUUUUAUAAACCACGAAGCCAGUACCACACCAAAUGGGAUAGUGUGUCGAAUCUUAAUGGUGCUGCAUCGCUGUGGGCCAUGAUGGAGUCGGCAUUAGCUACAGCUCAUGCACUGGCAAAUGACGCAUCUACCACCGAGAGUGAUGAACCCUCCGUUUACUUUGAUGUGCUCGGGGAAGCGCUGGUGGUGCUUACAAGAAACACAGCUUUUAUCAUCAAUCUUCUGAUAUUGAUUCUUGGACCAAUAUUCGUUCUCAUCCUAGGGGCAUUCACUAAAGCCCAAGGCAAAUUAUUUCUGUCCUGGCGAGGAUGGAUGCGCUUUCCAGUUGCGUUCAUUUCCACUGGCACCUUGGUCAUUGGGUUGAGUACGCUUAUAAUUCACUUCAACCCAUUUAUCAUCUACGGCUCGGUUCGCACCGUUCUCUGGUCAUUAGUGGCUUUUGCAUUCCUAGUUCACUAUGGAGUCCUACGAACAGGGGAACGAUUGAGACCCGUGGAGUCGCAAAGGCUCAUUAUACUCAUCGAACUCUAUGUGCUCUGGUGGUUUGCUCUCCUCUUUGAUACUGUCAUGCUUCGCAGCCGUGAAAUAGGCGCGCUCUACCCUAUCCUUUUCUUCCAUGGAGGAGCGCUAUUGGCGCUACUAGCUGGUCUUCUUGAAGCUCUGCUUCUAUCACGCAAGACACCACAGGAAGACCUGCCAAGUGACCCGGACGACCCAAACGCAGUCACUGAGACGCUUUUGGAGCGACCAGAAAACCAUGAAAAUGAGCAUGCGGAAGGGCUGUCUGAGCGUACACCAUUGCUAGCUGAGAUAAGACGCAAAGUCGUGGGACUCAAGAGUGAACAGGACGAGAAAGAAGCUGGUGGACUUUGGAUUUCGCAAUAUGUUUUGUCUAUACCAUUCCCGGUGCUCUUUGCAGCCCAGACCGCAUUGUUCGCAAUGUACAGUCUGCAUCAAACCCUUGCUGACGGUGCCGCGCCAACCACAGUUUACGCGUUCGCUGCUAUCUUCAGCAUCAUGAUGGUCCUACCGCUGGCUCCAUUCAUACACCGUAUUCAUUGCAAACCUAUUCUUCUCCUUGCUCUCUUCUUCGUUAUUAUAACCCUCUACAACAUACUAACCUUCCCCUUCAGCUCCUCUGCACCAUUCAAAGUUUACUUCAAGCAAACACUGGACAUUGAAACAAACACCAAUCACGUUUAUUUACGUGGCGCUCGUCGCUACCUCGAGCACCCAGUGGUCGACUCCAUUCCUUCUUCACACAGCCAAGAGGUAAUAUGCGAACAAAGCUUUGUUCGUCUACCACUUUGGUCUUGUCGUUGGUCGGGCAUACCUCCCAACGUCACUCAAUCCGGAAACAAACCCUUCACUUUCGCCGCGAAGCGUCUAUCCAACCGCAGUGAAGCACGAUUCAAAAUCAAAGGUCUGAAUACUCGUGCAUGCCGCAUUUAUUUCGACAAACCCAUCAAGUAUGUUCACGUCCACGGCGCAUCGCAAAACGGGACGCUCCAACAAGGAUAUGAGCCUGAUCCGCAAGGCGCAACCAUCGUCAAGUUGUGGAGUCGUACCUGGGACAAGGAGUUUGUAGCUGAUGUUGGAUUCGGCCAGGACGGUGCAGAAUUGAGGACAGGUAGAGUUGCAUGCGAAUACUCGGAGAACUUGAGCGAAAGAAUCCCCGCAUUGGAAGAAAUCGGAGUCUUUCUACCUGAGUGGGCUGCAGUAACUAAGCUCGAUGAUGGCCUGGUUGAAGCCUACCACAAGUUUGAAGUGUAAAAUUCGUUGGUUCUAUCGUAUCCUCGAAAAAGUUAUUCAAUUUUAGUUGCUUGUUUAGUUUUGAUUGGGAACAAACGUUCAUUUGCCACUUGUAAUUUACAGUACAAUAAGGCGUAACAGACUCCUAAUAUAAACUAUGUCCAAGAAAGUG